UCCCAGAGAAGAAGCCCCUCCUACCUAGUGUGGCCCCUUCAUUUGAACCAGGACAGCUGCCACGCCAGCUCCUGGGUGCCUUGUGGGUGUGGUACACCAACGGGGAUGAUGCUGGGUUCCAGCUUUCCUGAAAUCACUCGGCGCUAGUGGCCCUCGAUGACUUCCAGGCGGCGGUACGUUCCGGACUUCGCGACCUCAGGCUGCCGCGCCCAGGCAUCCCGGCCCCGCCCCCGGGCGCCUCUUCGCUGCCGCCAAGCCCGGCGCACGGAUCACGCGCUCCAGAGCCGCUCUGGGCAUGCUCAGUGGCCUGGCAGGGAAAAGGACUUGGAAGCCAAAUUUAUUAUUCAAAUGGAGAAAAGCAAAACAACAAUCACAAACUUAAAGAUACCAGAAGGAGGGACUGGGGACUCAGGAAGAGAGCGGACCAAGACCUUCACUUACGACUUUUCUUUUUAUUCUGCUGAUACAAAAAGUCCAGAUUAUGUUUCACAAGAAAUGGUUUUCAAAACCCUUGGUACAGAUGUCGUGAAGUCUGCAUUUGAAGGUUAUAAUGCUUGUGUCUUUGCAUAUGGGCAAACUGGAUCGGGAAAGUCAUACACUAUGAUGGGAAAUUCUGGCGAUUCUGGCUUAAUACCUCGAAUCUGUGAAGGUCUUUUUAGUCGGAUAAACGAAACCACCAGAUGGGAUGAAGCAUCUUUUCGAACUGAAGUCAGCUACUUAGAGAUUUACAAUGAACAUGUGAGAGAUCUACUUAGGCGGAAGUCAUCCAAAACCUUCAAUUUAAGAGUUCGUGAACAUCCAAAAGAAGGACCUUACGUUGAGGAUUUAUCCAAACAUUUAGUACAGAAUUAUGGUGAUGUAGAAGAACUUAUGGAUGCAGGAAAUAUCAAUCGUACCACCGCAGCAACUGGGAUGAAUGACGUCAGUAGCAGGUCUCAUGCCAUCUUCACCAUCAAGUUCACUCAGGCAAAAUUUGAUUCUGAAAUGCCAUGUGAAACUGUGAGUAAGAUCCACUUAGUCGAUCUUGCUGGAAGUGAGCGUGCUGAUGCCACUGGUGCCACCGGGGUUAGACUGAAAGAAGGGGGGAAUAUUAACAAGUCCCUCGUCACUCUGGGAAAUGUCAUUUCUGCCUUAGCUGAUUUAUCUCAGGAUGCAGCAAACCCUCUUGUAAAGAAGAAACAAGUUUUUGUGCCUUACAGGGAUUCCGUUUUGACUUGGUUAUUAAAAGAUAGCCUUGGAGGAAACUCUAAAACUAUCAUGAUUGCCACCAUUUCACCUGCUGAUGUCAAUUAUGGAGAAACCCUAAGUACUCUUCGCUAUGCAAAUAGAGCCAAAAAUAUCAUCAACAAGCCUACCAUUAAUGAGGACGCCAACGUCAAACUCAUUCGUGAGCUGCGAGCUGAAAUAGUCAGACUGAAAACGCUGCUUGCUCAAGGGAAUCAGAUUGCCCUGUUAGACUCCCCCACAGCUUUAAGUAUGGAGGAAAAACUUCAGCAGAAUGAAGCAAGAGUUCAAGAAUUGACCAAGGAAUGGACAAAUAAGUGGAAUGAAACCCAAAAUAUUUUGAAAGAACAAACUCUAGCCCUUAGGAAAGAAGGGAUUGGAGUCGUUUUAGAUUCUGAACUGCCCCAUUUGAUUGGCAUUGAUGAUGACCUUCUGAGUACUGGAAUCAUCUUAUACCAUUUGAAGGAAGGUCAGACAUAUGUUGGUAGAGAAGAUGCUUCAACAGAACAAGAUAUUGUUCUUCAUGGCCUUGACUUGGAGAGUGAGCACUGUAUCUUUGAAAAUGUUGGGGGGACGGUGACUCUUGUACCCCUGAGUGGGUCUCAGUGCUCUGUGAAUGGUGUUCAGAUCAUGGAGGCCACACACCUAAAUCAAGGUGCUGUGAUACUCUUGGGAAGAACCAAUAUGUUUCGCUUUAACCAUCCAAAGGAGGCUGCCAAGCUCAGGGAGAAGAGGAAGAGUGGCCUUCUGUCCUCCUUCAGCUUGUCCAUGACUGACCUCUCGAAGUCCUGUGAGAACCUCUCCACGGUCAUGUUAUACAACCCAGGACUUGAAUUUGAACGGCAACAACGUGAAGAACUUGAAAAAUUAGAAAGUAAAAGGAAGCUCAUAGAAGAAAUGGAGGAAAAGCACAAAUCAGAUAAGGCGGAACUGGAGCGAAUGCAGCAGGAGGUGGAGAGUCAGCGCAAGGAGACGGAAAUCGUCCAGCUCCAGAUCCGCAAGCAGGAGGAGAGCCUCAAACGCCGCAGCUUCCACAUCGAGAGCAGGCUCAAAGAUCUGCUCGCUGAGAAGGAAAAGUUUGAAGAGGAAAGGCUGAGGGAGCAGCAGGAAAUCGAGCUGCAGAAGAAGAAACAAGAAGAAGAGAGGUUCCUCCUGGUCAAAGAAGAACUCCAACGGCUCCAGGAACUCAACAACAAUGAGAAGGUGGAGAAGAUCCAGAUAUUUCAAGAACUAGAACGGCUCAAAAGGGAAAAAGAUGAACAGUAUGCUAAGCUUGAAUCGGAAAAGAAGAGGCUGGAGGUGCAAGAAAAGGAGCAGGUCACGCUCGUGGCCCAUCUUGAAGAGCAGCUCCGAGAGAAGCAGGAGAUGAUCCGGCUCCUCCGACGAGGGGAGCUACAGCGGGUGGAGGAAGAGAGGGGAGACCUGGAAGGCAUCCGCGAGUCCCUUCUGCGUUUGAAGGAAGCUGGGGCCGAGGGCGAUGAUGAUGGCGAGGAACUAGAACGGGCUCAGCUGCAUUUCUUAGAGUUUAAGAGAAGGCAGCUAAUUAAGCUAGCCAACUUGGAGAAGGAUCUGGUUCAUCAUAAGGACCUCCUAACAAAAGAAGUUGAAGAAGAACAGGAAAUCCUGGAGCAUUUAAAAUCUGAAAAUGAAGAGGAAUUUAGGUUGUUGGAAAAAAAUGAUGAUGGUGUCACAGAUGUCACUCAGGUGGCUCAAGAUCUAGAGAAAAUAAAGCUAUCACAGUAUAGGCUGCAAUAUAAAGAACGCCAGCUCCAGCACCUCCUGCAGAGUCAUUUGCCAACUCUGUUAGAAGAAAAGCAGAGAGCUUUUGAAAUCCUUGACAGAGGCCCUCUCGGCUUAGACAACACUCUUUAUCAAGUAGAAAAAGAAAUGGAAGAGAAAGAAGAACUGCUUGCGCAGUACCAAGCCAAUGCGAGCCAGCUGCAGAGGCUCCAGGCCACCUUUGAAUUCACUGCCAACAUAGCACGUCAAGAAGAAAAAGUGAGGAAAAAGGAAAAGGAGAUUCUGGAAUCAAGGGAGAAGCAGCAGAGGGAGGCGCUGGAGCGUGCUGUAGCCAGGCUGGAGAGGAGGCAUUCGGCCCUGCAGAGACGCUCCACCCUGGGCCUGGAGAUCGAAGAGCAGAGGCAAAAGCUGGCCACUCUGAACAGCAGCAGCAGCAGCAGCGAGCAGUCGGGGCUUCAGGCUAGCCUGGAAGCUGAGCAGGAAGCCCUGGAAAAGGACCGGGAGAGGUUGGAACAUGAAAUCCAGCAGUUAAAGCAGAAGAUCUGUGAGGUUGAUGAUGUUCAAAAAGGGCAUCGUGGGACCUUGGAGGGGAAUGCUGCUUCUAGCUUGUCAUCCAGUGCUGAAAAAUCUCACCUGGUUCCUCUGAUGGAUGCCAGGGUCAGUGCUUACAUUGAAGAAGAAGUCCAAAGACGUCUUCAGGAUCUGCAUCAUGUGAUUGGCAGUGACAGCAGUACAGCUGCAGCUAUGACAAAGAAUAAUGAAAAACUUCACAAUGGCACCGUUCAACGUAAGCUAAAAUAUGAGAAAGGGUGUCUUGCCCCGCUGCUGCCCAAAGAUGUCACUGACACUUCCAGCAAAGACGAGAGGAGGGAGGUGGAUCAGAGAAACCACCAGAAUGACCCCCUGACAUGGAGCAUCUCAGGCCCUGCAGCUUCCUCCUCAGCAUCACAAGAGAGAACCUUCAAGCGAAGGGAUCAGCCCUCAGCACACGGGGUGCUGCAGGACAGUGAUUACAGAUACAGUCGUCCUGAGUAUGUGGGUGGUUUUCAUCCACAAUGUCUCAGUCCAUCUAAAAUCUCUUUUCUUAAUGAAAGCAAUGCCAGCAGAGCAGAAUAUUUUCAGGGAAAGUCAGAAAAUUUCAGUGAGCUGAUGAUUCAUAAAGAUGAACACAGCUUGGGAAUCGAGUCCAGCUGGACUUUGCUGCAACAUACGUCCCAAGAAAUGUCUACGAAUAGUGGGAGCAAGCAGACCAGGCAAAGCAAGUUACUCUGCUAUAUUCUCUCCGAAAGUGUUUCUAGUGAGGAGAGUACAUCCGCCGACAUUCCUCAGAGUGCACCAGCCUCGAAGUUUUGUAGUGAGCAGCACACUGAGAAAGAGUUAGCUUCUAAAAGAGUUAGCACCCCAGAGUCACUGAUAAAUAUCAGGACAGAAGGAAACAGUGGUUUGGGCUAUUUUUAUCACAGAUUCUCAGACCUUUAUAAAGAUACCAGCAGUCGCCUGCUACAGGCAGGCACAAAAGCGAUCAGCCAAGCCAGGCACCUGGGGAGCCUGUGGGACCCCAUUGGGUUCACCCCCCACGUAACAACAUUCAUCAGUAGACUGCAAUUUGUGAAACACUUACCCCCAUACAUGCCCUUGAAGUCACACUGGAUGUCAUCAGAAUCUCAUUCUUUUCCUGCAGAUCAGAUUGGCAAUAGCAACAGCGAGGAGGCAAGGGCCAUGAGGCCAGCAGAGAGCACAGUGCCUUACAGAGCACUAGGCUUUACAGCCACAGAGGUGCCAAGUUCCUUGCCAAGUUCAGUUGUCCGCCUGGAGUAUGAGGAUGCUAGAAGGAGCUCUGCGUUUAAGCAGACCCUCGUGCAAUUCCCAGAUCAAAUGCUGAAACUUCAAGAAUGCCCUUUAAAAGACUUUCUUGAGCAUGUGGCUUGUUCUCUACCAGAAAGUUUGGGUGACAUGCCUGAAGUCAGAGGCAUUUACUGGCUUGCUGUUGCCAACUGCACAGAACCCGACCCCCAGCCAGCGUGUUUGCUCCUGCUUCCUUCGACUUUAUAUGCUUUGAUCUGGUCAGAUGACCACCCAGGCUCCAUGGGCGUUUUCUAUGCUCUUCCUCUAUCUGGGCUGCGGGAAAUUCAAAUUGGCUUUGGCGGGCAGCACAUUCGAUUCCUGGGUUCUGCAGAGAGUCAGCUGCUGACUGUAUUUAGUUACAACAAAAACCUCUGUCAGCAAAUAUGCCAUGACCUCCUGGGUGUUCUGAUGCCCCAGGCUGAUGCCGCUGCCUACACUAGUCAUCCUUUGCUCCAGCAAGAUCUGGUUCAGCUUUCUCUUGAUUGGAAAGCAGAAAUCCCCAAUUUACUUUUGCCAAAUGGAGUUCAGUUGUCAUCCAAAUUCCAGAACACCUUGGUCGACAUAGUUUACUUUCUUCAUGGAAAUAUGGAAGUCAACAUCCCCUCCCUGGCAGAGGUGCAGUUGUUGUUUUACACGACGGUCAGAGUUGAAGGUGACUCCAGCCAAGGUUGCUGCCAGUCGCUGGUCCUUCUGAACACCCACAUUGCCCUCGUGAGGGAAGAUCGAGUUUUCUAUCCACACACUCGGUCUCUAAACACAUCUCCUCCACAAACACGGUUUGAUGUGAUCAAAUGCCGUGCUUUAAGUGAAUUCAGGUGCAUCGUUAUUCCAGAAAUGAAACCGUUACCAGUGGUCGAACUUGUCUUCUUACAAAAACUCAGACUUCCAUCACAUUUAAGAAAUAGUCCAUUUGAGUAUUCUCAAGAUGCCCAGAAUGUCCAUUCAUUCACCAGCUCAUUGUGUCUUCGUGACAGUCGUAACGUGGCGCCUGACGUCUGGAAACUGACCCUCAACUCUCAGGAUGAGGCUCUGUGGCUAAUCUCACACAUGACAAGGCUCUAAGGAGACUUGUGAAAAUGCUGUGCAUAUUUUUUGAAAUUUUAAUAAAAUGAACAUUAUAAAUGCAGCUAAGGACUAUGACUUUCUCGGUGUAGCUAACUGAUUUGAAACUGGAAAAAUACAGACCUCUAAAAUUGAAGAGGCAAAUAUUUUAAAUAUCUACAACAAAAUAAAAAUAGAUGAUAGCAGAGUACUGUUAAAAUAUCUUUAUCACCACCUUGCUUCAUUUUUUUUGAACCCUAGCUUUGUAAAUUUAGGUCCUCCUAAUUAUCUGUGAGAUGAUUAAAGCAUUUUUGAUUGUGUUUGGCUUCACGUCGACUAAUAGUGUGGUGGCUUGGAGCCUGUCUGUGCCUGCUGGGUUCCAGCAGACUAAUUCGAGCUGCCUGAAAAAGUGCCCAGUCGGGCAAUAACCUUCACCAACAUCCUCUGUUUUAGCUGUGAUUAGGACAAGCUAUGUAGCCAAGCACAUUAGUGAUAUGUCAAGCUUCUCAAGGGACCCAGAGAUUUCAGAUGCCCUCCCCUCACUGUGAUAGGUGCAGUGAAGCCUCCAUAUGCCCUGCAGCAUCUCCUUCUCAAUUAGUUGCCCUGUCCUUCUGCCUUUCAACCUUCUUGACUGUUCUUUCCAGCCUUUGUGAUUUCAGUUUCUUACUUGUUGGUUGAUCUUUGACUGCCUUCCCCCUAUGCCACAUGCUCCCUCCCCAACAUACCAGUUCUUUCUCUGAGCUCGUACUUCUGUUCUAGGAAGGCUCUUUAUCUCCACAUCUUACUUUUUCUAAUGGCUUCCUUACACUGUUUUAUCAGCUAUAGGGUCACCUCAGAAGGCAUUCAGCACCUUUCCCUGGCUGUCCUCCCUCUUGCCUCUCACCUAACCCAGUCAUUCCUAACCUCUGGCCAAAGCCUUCUGCUGUCCUGAGCCAGUUGGUAUUCUGGCUUUCCUUUUGAGAUGAGUUUACAACCAUGUCAGCCUCAGAAGUACCAUCCAGUUGUAGGUUGUCCUCCUCUUCUGUCAGAGGCUUAAAACCAGCCAGUUCAGAAUCUCUCUCUCUCUUCUGAUUGACUCUUUCCUUUCUAUCCACCUCUAUUCAACAUUCCCGUAAGGAUUAGGUUACACGUUUUGCCUUUUUUUUUUUUUUUUUCAUCUGACCCCGGGUUGCUCUGCCAGUAGACUCCUGUUUCUUGGGCAUGUGUGUUCUACUAAAUUCCAAAAUCUUAGAAGAAAGGAGGCGCACGUCUUCAUUGUUCCAACCACUCUCCUUCCCCUUUCAGCCAGUAUCAUGCCGAGCUCAUGAUAGCUACUCAUGGAAUAUCUUACACAGUGGAAUGAGUCAGCAAUUCUAUUGAGCCAUUUAUUUUACCCCUAGCAUGGACGGGUCAUUUUCUAUUCUGGUCACAUCUUUCCAUAAUGGGCAACAUAAAAGUCAUAGUCUCCUCUUCAUUUUUAUUUUUAAAGAAUGAUAAAGACAGUGUCAGAGCUUUACCCAUCCAGAAACUUACAUCUCCCUUUGGCCAGGAAGUACAGAUCUUCUCUUUCCCCCAUCAGAGCUAACAACAAGCUAAUUAACUUGUUCUACAUUUUCCUCAUUAAUUCUCGUAUACCCAGGUACUGGGGAAGUGAUUAAGAAAAGGCAAGAAAUUGUGGAGUACGUAAGGAUCCACACACUGGAGGUUGCAGACUUGUUUGCAGUGGCUAAGUGAAGGCUUUUUGUCUUCUUAAGACAAUAAAAUUUAAAUAUUUUUAAAUGGAGCCUGUUUUUGCCACUUCCACAACCCGC